CAAUGCCCUUACGAUAAGUUUUUGAUGAAAAGAUUGUAUAUAAUUGUACAAUUAGCAAGGUUGAAGUCCUUCCUUACCUUUAGAGGGAGUCCCACCUCCUGCAUUUUUCUGCAACGCCAACAGAGAGAUUUCAAAUGGUUUUACUUGUUGACGGACCCCAUUUCUUUUAGCUUUACCCUUUGAGUUUUCCGCUUUACCCUUUGAGUUUUCCACAUUUCCUCGAUGUGGGAAUCCUAAGAUUCGGUGGGUGGUAGGUUGGUUCAUAUUCAGAGGAAAUCAGAGAAGAGUAUACCUAAUUGAAGUGUUUAGUGUGGGUUUUCAGUAUAGAUUUGAGUGAUUUAGGUGCAGAUCUGUGGCUAUUUUGGGAAGAGAUUCAGAGCUUUUUUCUUAGGUUUCCUGACAUUUUGUCUGUGGGAGAAGUGUGUGUGUGGGGAACAUGGGGCGAGUAAAGAUAGAGAUGAAGAGAAUAGAGAACGUGACAAACAGGCAAGUCACAUUAUCCAAGCGCAAAGCUGGGCUGUUUAAGAAGUGCAAGGAGCUCUCUGUUUUGUGUGAUGCAGAGGUGGCUGCCAUUGUUUUCUCAGACACCAGGAAGCUUUAUCACUAUCCACAAACCCCCGGGGAUGUAAACAAUGUCGUUGAACGAUAUACUAGUGUUGAUAAUUGCCCACUACAAAAUGUGGAGAGAAACAAGGAGGAAGGAAUAUAUUGCAAAUUAGCACCAUAUCUAAAUGUCCGGAGAGAAAAGAUGAAGGAAUUGGAAAAAGAAAACAAGAAUAUGCUGGGAGAAGACUUGGGUUUGCUAUCUCAAGAUGAAUUAGAAUCCUACGAAAGAAAAAUUGAGGGAUCUAUUAAGAAAAUAAGAGAUAAAAAGAAACAACUUAUGAUGCAGGAGAUAACAAAUAAUGAGAAUCAGGUACAAUGUUUACAAAUCCAAAAUCAUGAAUUAAAAAAGAAGAUACAAUAUUUUGAUAUCUAUAAUCAUGAGCUACAAAAAAGGGAAAGCGAGCCCAUCAUCAAUGAAGUUUCAACCUUCACAAACAAAGACGAUAUGGCAUACUCUAAAUAUAAAGAUUCUUAUAUUCUAAAUAUAGAUCCUUAUGAUCAAUUUUGAUAAUAAUAUAUUUUUUGAUAUCAUGAUAUAACCUAGCGACUCAAUCCAACAACCCAACCAUAUCAUACCUCGCAUUUUGAUGAUAACAUUAUUGUACCUAUAAAUCUUGACAAUGAUUUAAUAUUUGACUUUACUCUUUAACUUAAAUACUAGCAACACUUAACACAAUGUUUGAUUCUUACAAAGAGAUUUAUUAAUACUUUUCAAAUUUUAUUAAUA